UUGAAAAUAUAUACAAUCAUCUGCUAUUCGAAUCCUCAUUGUUUAGCUUCGCUGUUACACAAUACAAAGUACCAAAAUGGCUUUUAGAACUCUGCUCUUUCUGUUUGUUGCCAUUCUCUUAGUUAGUACAAUGAUUUCAGCUUAUGAAUUUGAAGACGAAAAAGUCAAGCAGCCGAAGGUACCAACUUCUGGCGAUGUGCAAAUUCCACCACUUUCAGAACAUGAGGUUCACGAUGACGGGAAAUCACAUUUCAAAGAUUGGCAUGAAUCAUCGGAUGAUGCUGGCUCGUUUGUUGGGAAUGGGCUUGGGAGGAAGUACAUGUACCACUCGAAUUAUGAGGAAGGUGCCAGCGAAGGCGUCUCCGAUAUAUUUCAUGACGAACCAUUAUCUUAAUUUAGUCUCCACAACUAAUAAGAAUGUUAUGACUUAAAUAAUAAGAUUGAGAAUAAUUAAGUCAAGCAAAUUAUUGAAUGAAAUGUCAAGCACCUCGAUAUUUAUGUUCAAUUACUAUAAUAGAUUUACAUA